GAGGCAUUUUACUUUACCAGCAAGCAACGAAACCAGUCGCCAAUGAAACCAAUACCAUUGACCCCGCCUGCCAACCUUAUAUACAAACACUUCAUAUCUGACCAUCAUAGCUCAGUGAAUCGGGUGAGUCGUCACUCGUGAGGCAAUUAAGGAGCGAUGGCCUUCAUGCUCGGGUUGCGCAUCGUCUCUUACGGCAUGGUUGGCGCUGUGGCCAUCCUUACCCACGAGACCACUAAAGCCUACAAGGAAAGACUAUACCACUGGGCCAAGGAGAAGUUCAAGUCACAUGACUCACCACCCCAACCCGGAGGUCCUCCUCAAGCAGAAAACCAGCCUACUACACACCAACGUGGUGAUGCUCAUCUCUCUUCGCCACAACUACAACAGCAGCAGCAACAACAACUUACUGUCAUUUGGGAAGACAACGAUGCCCUUCCCUUUUUACCACAACUACAACACCAUCAACAACCUACUACUACUACUACUAUUACUUGCGAAGAGGAUGCUCAUCUCUCUGUGCUACUGCAACCGCAGCAGCAACUUACUGCUUCUAAGAAGGACGACGAUAUUCAUCUUUCUGUGCUACAACAGCAGCAACAACUUACAACAGCUGACAAGGAAAACGUUGCUAAUCUCCCUAUGCUACAACAGCAAGAACUUACUGCUGCUGCUGCUGCUGCUGCUGCUGCUGCCGCCAAUGAUCACGAUGCUAAUUAUCUUCUUGUACAACAAGAAUUUACUGCUGCUAGCAAUAUUCACGAUGCUUGUAUACCUGCACAACAACAGCAGCUUACUGCUAUUGGGAAGGACGACGACGUCUAUGACCUGAAUGAUGACCAGGCCGUGAAGACUAGCCAUCUCAUCGGCACAGAAUUCGAACUGAAAGGGUCAUCGGAAACCAGCAAGGACCAUGAAUUUGAUGAUGUGAGGACCGAGGGAGGAGCCAAACACGAGCAGCAGGGUCCACGGCUACCAGGGGGAGGCGCCACAUUCUUUGCCAAGGUCUUCAACGCCGCCAAGAGCCAGCUACAUGGCUUCUUCUGUUGGGCCCGUGGCCUGUUUGAGGACAAGCGAUGGUCAACCGUGCGCGGCAUAAUCGCACGGAUUGCCAGGAAGAUCUUCUUGUUACUUGCGGAUGACUUGUUUCAUUACACAUUCAAGGGCAAGCAUCCAGUUCUGCGACAAUUAUUGGCUAUCAUAUUUAACGAGGUGAAGAAGGCAUUAUGACUUCACACUCGGCGGCAGAGUUCUGUUCAUUUAUGGCCGCGGUGUUGAUAAAUAAUAUUCUUAGUUGUUAUCUUUUUUUAUUAUAUCUUUAUGUUUAUUUGGAAGACUUUUUAUUUGUCUGUGUGGUUGAGCGGUGCACCGACGGGAGACCCUCUACAUUUUGUACGUAAGAUCUUAAAAUCAUCUCAAUUUUCUCUUCAUUGGGUACUGUGGAGAAUCAAAAGUCUAUAAACUAUUUCAUCCCAUCAUUGGUAAAGUGAUAAUCGACAGAGAUGUAUUUCUCAAAGGAGGGAAGGCUUGAAAAGUCACUGAUGCAACUCAGAAGUCUAUACUUGAAGAAGAUGAAGAUUGAGUGCAUGGUGGUGAAGAGAUAGAGGUUGAAGAACCUUUUUGGUUUUUCAUUAGCAACCUUCACAGUCUCAACUCCACAAAACUUACUUGAUUGUACCAAACAGUCGUAUCAAAGACAACAUUUAUGGAGGAGAGCUGCAGCUGUGUGAAUUCCUCUGGAACUAAUGUGACUUUGCUUAAAAUGACGACUACAACCUCUGAAGUCUUAAGAUGAAUGCUCUUUUCAAGUCAUAAGACCUAUGAGGUCUCUGGGAGAAGGGUCUUUAAUGAAGACAAUCAUGAAAAUUGACUUAAUGAGAACCAGAAGAAUGCAAAUUAAAGACGCCAUUUCUUAUGUAUAGCAAGCGUUGGAUGGGAGACUGCUCAUCUGAAUAACCAUAGUUCAAACCUCCAAACCAUGCUGGGAUAUCUUGAAGACAGAGUACCACGCCAGCUCCAAGAUUGUCAUCAUAAAGCUCCACGCUCUUCGUAAAAAGUUUGAGGCGAUGCAGACGAAGAAUGGUGAGACUAUUCAAAACUACCUCAAAACUAUUCCAAAUGAAGAAAACGGCGAGGCCAAGACAUUUUCAAAGGCCACUUAAAGGCGAAUGAAGUGGAAGAAGCUUUGAGCCAAGGUCUCACACUGAAUACAAGCAUAACAGGGCGAACAUCCAGUGCCAUUACUGCAACAAGUAUAUAUAGACACAAGAAAACUCAAUGCUGGUUCAAGAAUAAAGCUUUGAAUGUAGAUAAAGAAGCGGAGGUGAAUCAUUUCUUUAUGGAUAAUAGUGGACAAGCUGAAGAGCAGGAGAAUGUUAGGUUUGUUAGAAUUGAUUGAAGAAUGAGUGAAUUUCAGAAGAAAUUACAGCGAAGAAGCAGUGAAGCUGUAGUUCAAAUGUCAUGGUGUAAUUAGAUUAGAAGUAGAGGGUAACUUUGUCUUUUUCAGUGUUUGAAUGUUGGUUAAGUAGUUGAGAGAUCUGAUGGAAAGAGAUGGAAAGAGAUGGACGACUAGGAUUGGAAGAUCAAAGAGAAUACAUAGGUUGAGACUGGAGAACAAAUCUAGCAUCGGGGUUAGUCUAGUGAUCGUGCGGUCCGGAUUUAAUCAAUCAAAGACAGAUGUUUAAGUUGGCAACUGAGAAGACUUGAAUUAUGCUAGUGAUGAAUAGCUGUGAUUUGAUGAUCAAGAGGUUUGUAAUAAGUUCGAGGCAUGGAAGCUGGUUAAGCGGUGCGAUUAAAAAGAGCCUGACGCGUGUUUGUGUGCCUAAACUAGUUCAUAUCCUUUCAGUUACUGAACUUUUACAGAUAUAUGUUUGUGUUUUCUCAUUAGAAUGUUAAUGUUUUUUUUUUUAUGUCAUAUAUAGUUUGAGCUUGUGUGAAUUUUCAAGGAAAAAUAAAGUAUGUUUUAAUCUUUGCUUUGAAUACAAAAAUUGUUCCUCUUGA